AUGCUUGCUUCCUUUUCGCAGGAGGUUCGUGACAUCCAUUGGAUUGACGUGCAAGCCGCAAUUAUCGCGAUCGGAAAGGAAAUCCAGCUGAUCCAGGUAGGUGACACAACCGUGGGAAGGCCCUGCAGGGUGCAAGACCCCAUUAACAGUGUACACUCAGACGCAAUUCGGGAGCUUGCAGUCUCGCGCACAACGCCAUCUCAUGUGGUUUCUGGCGGCUUCGACGAGACUGUGGUAGUGACCGAUCUUCGGGACAGAGGAGAUCCAAGGGCUGCCGCCAUCAUCGGGAAGUUCGAUGCGCACGACGUUGUGAGUAGCGUUCGGUGGUCGUCCACGGACGCCUCACACCUGAGCUGGACCACGGACGGGGGCGACUUCCAAGUCGCAGACUCCCGGGUACCAUCGCCUCAGCUCCAAGUGCCUCUGCAUGCGUAUCUGAAUGUCGAUAAGCUAGGCGGCUUGUUUGCGCACGAAUACCUGAGCGACCUCACUGUCGCUCUGGGAUUCGAGAGCGGAUACGUCGCCAUGUUGGACCUCCGCCAUCCUCGACAGUCGGCUUGCACUUCACUGGUAGAAUCGAAGGUGACGGCGGUCGGUGAGAUCCGACGCUCGGGCACCAAGCUUGCGAUGUUUGGUCGCAGCGGGUACGAGCUAUCCUUUUAA